AUGGCCCCUUCCGCUUUGGAGCAAGAGAACCACAAGCGCGAUGCCGAGUUCAAUCGCGCUCUGCAUGGAAAGUCCUCCCAGGCUCAGGGUGGCUUUGCCGCCAUGCGUGGCAAGGACGCCGCUGCGCAAAAGGCUGCUGUCGACGAGUACUUCAAGCACUGGGAUAACAAGUCCGCAGAGGAGGAGACAGAGGAGACCCGCGCAGCCCGACGAGCGGAAUAUGCGACCUUGACCAGACACUACUACAACCUUGCGACCGAUUUUUAUGAAUACGGAUGGGGUACCUCGUUCCACUUCUGUCGUUUCGCCUACGGCGAAGCUUUCACCCAGGCCAUUGCCCGCCAUGAGCACUACCUCGCUCACACUAUGGGCAUCAAGGGCGGUAUGAAGGUGCUUGAUGUUGGCUGUGGUGUCGGUGGACCUGCUCGUGAAAUUGUCAAGUUCACUGAUGCUCAUGUGACCGGCUUCAACAACAACGACUACCAGAUCGAGCGUGCUACCCGUUAUGCCGAGCGCGAGGGUCUGGCUCCUAAGAUGGCCUUCGUCAAGGGAGACUUCAUGCAGAUGAAGUUCCCCGACAACAGCUUCGAUGCAGUCUACGCUAUUGAAGCCACUGUCCACGCCCCUGAACUUGUUGGUGUGUACUCGGAAAUCUUCCGUGUGCUGAAGCCCGGUGGUGUGUUCGGUGUCUACGAGUGGUUGAUGACUGAUAACUACGACAACGACAACCCCGAACACCGCAAGAUCCGUCUGGGUAUCGAGCAGGGUGACGGUAUCUCCAACAUGGUCAAGGUCUCCGAGGGAAUUGAGGCCAUGAAGAACGCUGGUUUCAACCUUGAGCACCACGAGGACUUGGCGGAGCGUCCCGACGCGAUCCCCUGGUAUUACCCUCUGGCCGGUUCCUUCAAGCACAUGUCAUCUCCCUGGGACUUCUUCACAAUUGCCCGUAUGACAUGGUGGGGCCGUGGUCUGGCUCAUCGCUUUGUUGGUGCCGGUGAGCGCAUUGGAUUGUUCCCCAAGGGCUCUCAGAAGACCGCUGACAGCUUGGCUCUGGCUGGUGACUGUCUUGUCGCUGGAGGUGAGAAGAAGCUGUUCACACCCAUGUACCUCAUGGUUGGUAGGAAGCCCGAGUAA